CCCGUGUCCUGCCCCGUUCUGCCCGAGUUGCCCCGUUCAGCCCGUGUCCUGCCCCGUUCUGCCCGUGUUGCCCUGUUCUGCCCGUGUUGCCCCAUACAGCCCGUGUCCUGCCCCGUUCUGCCCGAGUUGCCCCGUUCAGCCCGUGUCCUGCCCCGUUCUGCCCGUGUUGCCCUGUUCUGCCCGUGCUGCCCCGUUCUGCCCGUUUGUGCCCUACCCGUGCUGUCUGUACCCGUUCGUGCCCCACCCGGUCUGUGCUGCCCGGUCUCGUGCUGCUCGUCAUCCCCGUGCGGCCCGUCCCGUACGGCACCUAGUUGCUACCCGAACCCGCUACCCGUACCCGUGCUCCUCGCACACCGUGCACCAGCUGCGGGGCGUUCAACCGCAGCCGGGCACCUGUUCCACCGCGGUGGUUCAGAUGCUGCUUGGUGGUUGCUGCUUGUCAGCUUCAGAAGGGGCCCCUUGCUGGUGUUCCCACGCCCUGUAA